CAACUGGAUGUUAAUAGCCUUUGCCCGACGGUGAAAUAAAAUCGACGGUUGUCUUAUUCAGUCGAUUUCGGCCGAAUGUUGAUGUAAACACCUGCUGAUUUUUAUGCUUGAGUCCUGGAUUUAUUCGUAUAGGAAUGCAUUAGUCUUCCCAAGAGACUGUCGUUUCCUCAGUAGCUGAUUUCAUAAACAUUUUCUUCGAACAACUUAGACGGAACACAGUAACAGAAAGAGUCCUUUAUACCUCAAAGAAAAUACGACAUUUUGGAAUCGAAUCGGAGCAGACGACACGGUUGUUAUACAAUCUGGUAAGAAUAAGUCGACGUGCGUCAUCAAGCUAAAAAUCAGGGUCAUCUGCGAGCUGCUUCAAGUUAUUCACCCCGACAGUCAGCAGAAUCAGGUCAACUACUUGGAAGACCUUGUCUCAUUCCCACAGGAAUUUCACCUCCCAACUAACAGCUCCAUUUCCAACGAGUCUUCCCUCUACCUUUGCCCUCUUUAGUCGUCGAUUGAUCCUCCUGGUGCAUUCAACUCUCCGUCAUCAUCAGCUCCAAAUAAUUCUCAAUCGUCUCUCCAAAAUUCAGAAAUGGCUAAGCAAAUAAGUGUCCAGGAUUUCAUUUUUGAAGCCGUCACCAACAAGCAGAUGCCUGAACUGAAGAAACUGUUCGGUAAAUUCGACAAGGCCGGACAAAUGGAAUAUUUGCGUAAGCGCAACCAACUCGGAGAAACAGCGCUGGCAGUCGCCAUCAAGUUGAAACAUUACGAAAUGAUCGAGUGGUUGGUGAAACUCAUCAAAGAUUGCGUCAACAGGAGACUGUGCCGUUCCUUGUGUCUGCCCACCUUCUGUCAGAUUCGCAUCAACCAAAUAUCCGUUGUUGAGAUGAUGGAUUAUUUGCUGGACCCUUGGCUGCUGGAACCGCGGCAGGACGAGCUUAGUUGGCUCGAGUUUCUUUUCUAUUCCGUCAGGAUCAGUUCUGUCACUCAAAAGGAAAAGGCUCACCUGUUUGAGCUGAUCGGUUCCGCCUUCAUCUUUUACCAAGCGUCGAAGAAAUCCCGCAAGAUCGGAAAUAUCUAUAUCUAUGAUCGUGGAAUCGAGUGCUGGAAAAGCGCCAUCGGCGUGAGGAAAUCUCGUCUCGGUAGGCCGGCCAUCCCCAAGAUCCCGUACGAGCUAUCGGACACAGCCCGGAAGGCCUUCGUGAACAGUACCGAAUGGUCCGGAUUAGAAGAAAUGGAACAGUUCGAGAGAGAAGCCUUUUCGAUCUCUGAUUCCGGAUUGCCAGUUUGGAAAAUUGAAAGUUCCGAUUGGUAUUUCCAACUGCAGGUCCAGGCUCUUCUAGUGACCCAACGAAUCGCCUGCCAAGUGAAUUCCGGAAGAGCCGCCAGCCCCAAUUACUUUUAUCUGAAUCACUUGAUCCGUUUGGGUUGGGAGUGCAACAAACGGAAGCAUUUCGACCAAGCCAUCAGCAUUUGCUUCCUCUUAUUCGAGCAAUCCGCCGGAUUAAACCCGACGACAGUGUCACCUAAAUGCACAAACAUUUUCAUAGAAACGUUCGAUCUGUUGGGGAAUUGUUUCAAAAAUAUCAAAGAGACGGCCGGAACCACCAGCGAAGAAUUGUCGGUCGUCAACAUCCUGUCGGCUCUUAAGUAUUGCAUAGCCAUAGCCCAUUUGUUACCUGUGUCGUUCGCCGAGAAUAAGGAUCGCAAUCGUCGCAAAGUGAAACUGUUAUCCGUUUACGAUUUCGUCUUGUUUCUGUCCGAUCUGAAGCUGAGCAAAAUGGAACACCAACAGCUGGAAGAAAACCUUUCGCUCUACGUCCGUCACGUCGUUCAUCGAGGAUCGUGCCAACUCCUUCACGCUGCAGUUAACCAGGCCAUCUGGUAUCACGAAAUCGUUAGCCAGGAUGUGAUCCAGCUGCUGUUUAGCGUCGGCGUCAAUCCAAACGCCACCAACAAAAAGGGGAAAACUCCGCUCCACGUUUUGGCUGAGAGUUGGAAUUGGACUCGGCUGUCCAGUUCCGAUUGGGAUCAGUUUCCUGAGCGAGAAUUCUCGAUCCUGUUUCGGUCGAUAGUCAACGCCGGUGGUCAUCUGGAUCAGGCCACUCCGGGUGGCCAAACAGUUCUCAGUAUCCUGAAGGAAAUCCGCGCUAAACAUUCUCUCCUUGCCAUUCCGUUCGAUCCUUAUCUGGAUUCACUCGUCAAUGUCGUCUUGCCGCUCUCCUGCUAUUGCGCAACAGCCAUACGGCGAAAUGGAAUUCCGUACGAAGAUGAAUUGCAACUACCCCGUCGUCUUCACUCGUUUGUUCACCGUCACAGUGCGCUGAAAGUGGAUAACAGCAGCUCAAUGUAGGAAAGAUUGGCCAGAGAAAACAACGGGAUCGCAUUGCUCAUCAGAUUGGACAAUGUCAAUGUUUCCGAGUGUAUUGUAAUCGCCUAAAUUUUCAUCAACAAUGAAAAGGACAGAUGGAUAUAUGUGUAAAGCUGCUAGCAUCUCGACUACCAUGGCAGUUAUUAAACCGGUUCAACCAAAAAGAAAGCCAACAAUUGGAGUGAUGCCUAUCGAAAUGUGUGCGUCUUUCAGCCCCUAAAUGAAUUAGAAAAGAAAACUGUUUACUAGUUGAUGUAAUUAUGCCUUUUUCUCAAGCUCAUUCUCUCGGGGAACUGUGUAGACCCAAUCGUUUGCCAUCAUUGAAUUCCUUUUAGAGAUCAACUUCCAACUCAGGCUGGAGUCGUUCGUCCUUCGAACACUUCCAGAGAUUUAUUCUGUUAAGCAUCGAAUGAUAGUAACCGUGGAGCGUGAACGGAAGGAAUCAUCAUAAUUUGCAUAAACUAUGAAAUGACAUUUUUUUAAAUUUGAUGUAUUUUUUUUAAACUGAGAAUUAAGAACACUAUAAAAUGAAAGAGAUCUGAAAAUUAUUUAUCGCAAUUAGCAGUUGAUAUGACACAAUCGUGAAUCGUCAACUAAAAAUUCCAGCAAUGGCAAAGCUUAUCAAGUCCGCUUACAGUUUUUACCUUUCUUGUUUUUUCCCGCAUUUGAAUACUUCAGAAUAGCGUUAAAGCUGCCGAGAAAGUGUAUUUUUAUUAUUUGAUGGAUCUUCUAAUGAAGGUAUAAAAGUCUUUUAUUCGUUAAUAAUUUCGUUAAUAAUUUGAAUUUGAACUGAGUGGCGAAAAAAUGACGCGUACGUUUCUGUGGUUAUCUAAUCAAGAGCUUAAGAUGUUUGGUUGGUAGAUGGCGCCAGCGCCCUUUUCCCGCUUCUCCUUAAAGUAAAAUACAAAUUUCUUGUUAACGAUUAAUUCUAAGUAAAAGAAAAGUUGGUGAUUCAGUUAUUUUUUGAAUGUUUUUUUUUUCAAAUAUACUUCCGUUAAAAAAUUACAUGGCCGAAAAAUCAUCGGUAAUAUUGCCCGCUAGGUGAGUAGUCCAGUCAUGCUCCAACUCUAGUCUAGACUGUAUGUGUUAUGAUGUAAGGAAGAGACAAAGGACUAAACAAUGAACAUAAAUUAAGUCAGUAACAAUUUCUGUUACUUUUAGUACCAUGUGGUUUGUGAUAAAAUUGAUGAAAUGAUUAAGUUCAUUUUCAUCGAAGUUGUUAAAACGUCAUAAAGAAAUGGUAUUGCCAUACAAAUUGAAAUCAGAUUUCAUUGUCUAAUAAAGCAUGGUCAAAGUAAGGGCAAGCCCAUGGUGGCGAGCAUUUCAGCAAAUGAGAGUGUAGGCCUAGAUGACAUAUUUGAUAGAAAAGUGAAGUUGUCUGAGAGCUACACACAUAACAAUUUGUUGUUAUCAAGUUGAAAUGCCAAUUUAAAAAUUUCAGGUAAAGAGUGGUGAACUCAAUAGACCAAGAAAAUGAUCUAGGAACUGGAGACAAACUGAUGAACAAAAAAAUUUAUUUGGACUCGCAGGUUUUUCAUUAAGUUAUUUCCCUCAACUUCUCCCCAAUUCUCAUCC